AUGGCUGGUGUUAAGACAUUUAAGAUGUUUGGAAGUGAUCUUCAGUUGAGCAAGAUCGAGACGGAUGAUAAUUCCAGUACGAAGAUGGCAGAAGAGGUGGUUGAAGCGCAUGAUGGUAGUCAUGGAUUACAGAACGAUUUGGAUGAAAUGGUUCGAAAUCGAUCCAAGUUGAUGGGUGAUUUGAAGAUUGAUCAGGCCAGUUAUCAGAGGGCGGUUGACUCUAUCUGUGGUGAAGAAGACGGUGAAGACGGUGAAGACGGUCGAACGGCGUCGCCGUCUGCGUCGACAUCGCAGGUGCCGCUCCGGGUGCCGCCCCAGGUGCCGUCUGCACCUUCAUCUACAUCACCAUCCACAUCCACCUCACCAUCUACGUCUCUCCUAUUCAAUACGUCAACUGCAGCGAAUGCAAAGGCACAUCUAGCACGAAUGAUGAUGGAGAGUUACUACAACUCUCUAGAAAGAUAUCAAAAUAAGAUUCACAACGAUAAGGACGGAAAUCCUUCCUAUCCUGGCGUUGAGGGUGUUUUCAAUCCUCUGCAAAUCAUCAGAAAUCGGAGAAUCAGAAAAAAGCAAGGAAUAUCUCUACGUAAAGGUGAUUUGGCCCGAAUCAAGCUACCCUCACAGAUGUUUAGUCGACACAAGAAGCCUCGAUUGAUCUGGCAAAUCAAUUCAUAUGAAUAUUCAGGUGAUAUUGAUUGGCGAGACAGUCAUUGGGGUCAACUGGUCGACUCCAAUGGUGAAUUAUGGUUUCCCGAGACUCCUAAAGGUGGUAAAAAUCUAUAUUCGGGAUUUGAUGGUGAAUCGCCGGAAGAUGAUGAUCUCGAACGCAAAGGAUCUGUUCCUAGAACAAGUGAAAGCUCUGCCUCCAUGGCGCGUCAUGAGCAAUAUAUAAAGGCUCCUGCUGCUAUUGCUCCAUUGGCAGCUUCUCCUUCAUCUGUCAGAGCCCAUCUAUGGAGUAUUGGAAGUGAUCAUUCUUCCACUCUUUUUCCACCGCAUCACUUACAGGGCCUAUCACAAUCUCAGAGUGCUGAUAGUGCUCCUGGUGCCCGACUCGAUCCGUCCGCUACUCCACCUGUAUCCAGUAAAUCUUCGUCACCUUACAGUCUAAGUAACAAUAGCUCUAUGCUUCAAGUAUCAGCAAUCACUUACUCGACUCCGGAAGAACAAGUGCAGUCAAUCAAUCGUCUCAAAUACAAGCUUAGACUCUCAAGAUUGAAGAUAGAUAACGCGGAAUGUGAUUUUGGCUCCAUAAUCUCUGAUAAUACCCAAGCUUUCAACUCCAAAUUAGAAGAAUUCGAACGAUGUCAGGUGGAAAAUGAAUGCCAGUCUAGAAAACUUGGUGAUAAGAUCGAAGAAAUCGAUGCUGCCAUAGAAAAGUUGUCUGUAUUCAACAAUCAGAAAUCCACUCAAAUUGAAGAGUCUUUGGGCUACUGCGAUCGAACGAAUGGUGUCAUCAAUACCUCAGUUACUCUGAAGAUAAGGGAUUUGGGUGAGAGAAUUGAUAGACUUUCGGCUAAUCACAAUAAUACACUAAUGAAUCUAUUCUACAAUCUAGUAGAGUGUGGUAUAGUGUUUUUGCUUUGGUGUAUAUGGAUGAUUGUAGAAGUGUGGAGGUUUGCUAGAGGAAUAGUAAAAUUCCUCAUCAAAUUUUUGGCAUGGAUAGUUCUUUAG